AUGGCCUUAUGCCAGAUCAACCCGCGGCUCAUACUGCAGCAUGUCAUGCAUAAUGAGUCUCAGGCGCACACAUUGUGCAGUGUAUCCGUAACUGGUACCUCCAAGAAGGCAGAGCAAUGUGCCCACCCUUGGCGCUCAUGGGACAAAGAGCCGAGCGCGAAGCAGCAGCUGCUGCUGUCAUUUGAUGGCAGUAUCCAAACAAUGCCAGCCCAAAUCAUCUUCUCCGUGCAUGGGUCGUGGUUAAGCGCAAACCAUGGCAUGCUCAAUUGA